AUGAAGCUAGCGCUUUUGCUAUACAUUCUCGUGCGGCUCGCUGUUGCCACCAAGAUCCCUUCGCGUGACUACUUGGAGAGACAGUAUUUCGUGGUGGAGUUGGACACGCGAGAGACGCCAGAGCUGCUCGAUAAUUUCAUUCGUGAUUACAACUCUACGUUCCGCUUCGAGCACCCAGCUCGUGGUUUGGACGACCACUAUGUCUUCAGUGUGGCCAAGGACGACCCUCACGCUUCCUUUUUGGGAAAUCAUAACUCCAACGACUACAGCUUGAUGCGGCGGGCGCCAGGACUCGAAGAUGAACACGACCGCUUGGUUCUGUGGCAAGGACUCCGCCUGGUACAUAUGAUGCAGCCCCGGCGGCUUGAAAGGCGUAUGCCCGUGCCAAUUGAAACGGACAACGACACAUCAGAAGAAUGCGGGGCUAAGCUGCCGCGUGGGCUCAACAUCGUAGACUCGUCGCAGGAACCCUUUCGUGAGGUGAGCGAGCGUCUUGGCAUCAAUGACCCGAUCUUCACUGAGCAAUGGCAUUUGAUCAACACUCUAAGCCCGGGCAACGACGUCAAUGUCAAAGAUGUAUGGUAUCGUGGCGUGCGCGGGCGCAACGUGACUGUGGCUGUGAUAGAUGAUGGUGUUGACUGCGAUUCGGAGGAUUUAGCUGCCAACUUCAACGCUCGUGGGCUGUGGGACUUCAACGAUAAUACUGAAUUGCCUAAGCCACGACUUUUCGACGAUUACCAUGGUACGCGGUGCGCAGGAGAAAUUGCGGCUGUCAAGAAUGAAGUUUGCGGUAUCGGUGUGGCUUGGGAAGCCAAGGUGGCCGGCAUUCGUAUUUUAUCUGGCACUAUUACUGCAGAAGAUGAAGCUGCGGCGAUGGUCUAUGGACUAGACGCAAAUGACAUUUACUCUUGCCUGUGGGGCCCAACAGAUAAUGGACAGACGGUGGCUGCUCCAGAUGUUUUGGUCAGAAAGGCCUUGAUUAAAGGUGUCCAACAAGGACGUGACAAAAAGGGCGCAGUCUAUGUGUUUGCUAGUGGAAAUGGCGGACGCGUGGGUGACCAAUGCAACUUCGAUGGCUACACCAACUCCAUCUAUUCCAUUACCGUCGGUGCUAUAGACUACCAGGGCCAACAUCCGCCAUACUCUGAAGCAUGUUCUGCCGUCAUGGUAGUGACAUAUAGUUCUGGUGGCCGUGAACACAUCCACACGACAGACAUCCACAAGAAAUGUGCAUCUACACAUGGCGGGACCUCUGCAGCAGCACCUUUGGCUGCUGGCCUUUUUGCCUUAGUCUUAUCAGCAAACCCGGCCCUUACGUGGCGUGAUGUGCAAUAUGUGUGCGCCAAAGCAGCAGUCCCUGUAAAUGAGGACGACGGUGAAUACCAAGUCACAGGCUUGGGCGAAAAGUACCUGCACAAGUAUGGAUAUGGCAAGUUGGAUGCGGACAAACUUGUUACAGUGGCACAGGAGUGGAAAAAUGUCAAACCACAGGCCUGGUACUACUCAGAUGUGCUUUCUGUUGACCAGCGUAUCACAACAGAGGAUGAAGACUCAGAUGUAAUCACCAGCACCAUCACUGUAUCAGAGGAAGAAUUACGUGGCAUGAAUGUGGAGCGCGUGGAACACGUCACCGUCAAGGUCAACAUUGCUUCCAAUGUCCGCGGGCGCAUUGGCGCGCGGCUUGUAUCACCCAAAGGUGUUGUCAGCACCUUAGCACAGUUCCGUGCUGUGGAUACACUGCAUAAUGGACUUUCUGACUGGGUAUUCAUGUCGGUGGCACAUUUAGGCGAAGAUGGUGUGGGUGACUGGCGCUUAGAAGUGUUCAGCGGGCCAAAGAAUACGCUUCACUUCAAGGACUGGCAGCUUCGAAUUUUCGGUGAAAGCGUUGACGCAAGUAAGGCAGAGGAGUUUGACUAUGACACAGACUAUGCAGCUGUUCGCCGUGACCGCUUGGGCAGCUCUUCACCUGAAAGCUCUGCAGUUUCUUCUACUAGUUCUGCCUUCACAGAGUCUGUAUACUCGACUUCUGCAACUGCCACUGUUUCUUCUGCGUCUACUGAGCAUGUUGUUACUUCAGUCUCUUCCUCCACAUCCACUCAAGUAUCCUCUGCGACACCCACUUCUGAGAAUGAGGAGCCCGAGGAGACUAAGCAUUACAUGACGGACCACGCAGGCCAAUACUUCAUGGCAUUGACUGUGCUUGGAUUCAUCGUCGUAAUAGUUCUCAUGAAGUGGCACAAAGGUGUGGGCAGCUCGCGUCGCAGAAGAAGAGAGGACUUUGAGUUUGACAUUAUUCCUGGCGAGGACUAUAGCGACAGCGAAGCAGACUCACUAGAUCUCCGUACGCCAGACCAAGAUGAACGAGAGCGCGAGGCGUUGUUUGAGGACCUACAUGCGGAAACAUUGCCUGACUACGACGACGAUAUGUUCCAAAUUGGUGACGACGAUGAUGAUUCUCGCAAGGCUGAACAAUACAGGAAAGGCAACACACACUCAGAGGAAGGAACCUCCCAUGCAGAUGAUGUCAAUGCCAAAGAUUUGAUAGAUGCCGAGGGCUCUAAAGAUGCAAGGGAUACCAAAGAUGCCAAAACUACGAGCGAUGUUGCUGAUAUCGUUGAGGAUGCCAAAGAUGAUGCCCAGCCAAACAAAACGAGCGAAGAAAACACUCCAUCAGCCGAUUGA